AAUUUUUCAAUUACAAUUCGCUUUGAAUUUUGACAAAGAAUGAGGCAAAGUGCGUCCUGAAAAAGUUUUAUAGUAAUAUUUGAUUUUCAAUUGAUAAGAAAGCAGCCUGAUGUGUGUAAAGGAAUAAAGCGAAAAAUUCAAAACGCGUGAUGUACUUGUGAGGUUAGGGAGACAUGGAAACAUAUACAGUUUUUAUGUUGAAUGAGGCACAUACUGAAUACUACAUGCUGUAAUAUACUGAACAAAAGCCUAGUCAAUGAAUAUUCUUGGGUUCCUUCCAUAAUAAUAUUUGCUUAUGUACAACAUGAUCGUUUAUUGUUUCAUUUUGCUGUGUGGUUAGUAAGACUCAACACUGUGUUGAUGCGAAGCUAGUUUGGUUUCCAACUACAAUGAUGCUUUGCUGUAAUGCUCUAUUAAAGAACGUCGCAGGGUCACAUGCUAAGAAAUAUUAUCAAAUAUGAACAGCAUUUUCCUCGUGCAAAUUGCAUAGAAAUUUAAUUGCAUUGAAUUGUAUUUGACGUCGAGGACGCAGUGUCGGUUGAUUCUAAUUUUUGGAGGGUGGACUAAAGGCUACAUCUUUCUAAAAAUUCUGACAACGUCGCAAAAAGUUUCAAAACAUUCCAACAAAUUGUGUUUGUUGGGGGGCUAUAGGCCCUCUACUGUUUUUUGUUCUUAUGCCUGUAUGUCCCUAUUCAACGCACAAAACGCUUAGAUAUAUUUUUGAAUAUGAUAAAAUUCACUGGAUGGAGACAGUAGGAUAUCCCCCUCAUGUUUUAAGGCUUAGAGCAGCAAACGAACAUAGGUGUUUUCCAACUCUUCUAGAGCCACCUCGCCACUCCAAAAUGUGCUGGAGCUUCCCUGGAAAUAAGACUUAAGCUGUGUCAAACAGCAUUAAAGGCCUUUAAAAAUUGUAAAAAAUUGAUCGGUAGACAAAAUAGAAAAAGAAACAACAAUGUUUUUGAGCAUAAAAAAUCUAUGCAAACAUAUAACUUAUUUGCGAGAAGCCACAGAUGAUUUACAUUCCCAUAUCGGUAUUUUUCCAUAAAUUUAAUUUAUAGUAGGUAUUUCUAACAAAGGUUCUUAUGCUAAUGAGCUUUGGUCAAAUCGUACUUUAUCCAACAUAUGACUGCAUGACUUCUGCAGCCUACUAUGGUGAUUAAAUUUUAAUUUGUAAAUAAUUGACAGCUAAAAUGGUCAUUUUGUUCAAAUCUCUGCAAUUAUUUACGAAAAUCUUUAGCUAUUAAGCCUGCUAAUCAUCACAUCUUAUCAGUGAAACGGGGAAUGCCUUUAAGCAGUGUUUUCUUCUUGAACCUCCAUUCCGCAUAACUUUUUCUUUUUAAAAGGAGGUUAAGAAACUUAAAGGGUAAGAAGUCGCAAAAAGUGGCAAUUUAGGUCGUUAAAUGGCGUUUCGUGCAAACAUUGAGAAAAGCCUCAUAUUAAAGAAGGAAUAUAAAGAAAUUUUUCACUUGGUGCAAGAGUAUUUUUCAAUCAGGUUUCCGUUAUUUCCUCACAAAUAUAGGUAUAAUAAUUGAUAAUAAGAUACAUAGAUAACUUGAUCACAACAAAAUAUAACGACAAUACAUUUACAAUGUAUUCUAUAGAGCUAUGGUCUGUAUUUUUCAAUUGAGUUUCCACCCACAACAUAACCUAAUUAACCUAUAGAGCUGCUUAAAGGCACUUUGCCCUGACGCAUUUCGCAGGCCAUUUAAUUUUCCCGUCGGUUGGACUACUCAGUGGACCUAUUAUUACGUACCCGAUCGGCAACGUAAGGCUAAAUUGCAAUGUUUGCUCUGCGAAGCAUAUUGUUAACUCUAAACGGUUGUAUGACGUGUAGGGUGCUUUUAAAUUGGCCCUACUGAUCGUUGAGAUCGUUGCCAACAAUCCUGACUAUGAGUGCAGUGUAUGACAGGGUUAUAUCAAUACGUGAUAAGAAAGGUAGCAAGUCAUGUUAUGUAAAAUUCAUAAGCUGAAGACCCUGACGCUGGUUUCUGAUUUACACAAUAUUCGAGAAUCUGAUUUGCCAUCUUUCACAAGCACCAUCCUAUAUGUGCUAGUGACUUCAGCACUGUUUGCUUUGUGCCGUUGCUGGCAUUACUGUGUCAGAAAACCUAGCCCGUUGUUUCACGAAAACAGAACAUUGUUAACCCGUCGCUCUUUUUGUUAACAAAAACCUCCUCGGAAACUCAAUGUAAUGUAAUUAGAUCCUGUGGGGGUCUAAUUGUGCCAAAGAAAAAUGCGGGACCCACAUACACACACAUGGCCCAGAAAAAAAUUCAAACCCAAGAUGUAUAUGGGUUUGAGCCAUUCGUCAUCUUUUUUACUUUGGCGGUUAUUUUCAACACUAUGGUCAGAUUACUGUUACAGUACUUUUUCAAUUAUCCGACCUUCUCAAGGUGUGGGAUUUCAAAAUGCGCUUGGAUAAUCCGAAAUUCUAGAUAAUUCAAAAUAAACGAAGAACGGCAGAAACCAAGAUUAAUAAGCAAGAUGAGUGUUUUGAAAGUUUUUUUCUAAUAAGCAAAUAUUGCAAGCUAAUUUACUUAAUACUCAUAAAAUAUUUCAAAAGGAAAACAAGGAAAACGCUCCAAGCCUUCAUAUAGUUUUUCACAUUCUUUACGGACCGGAUAAUUGAAGUCCGGAUAAACGUUGGGUCGAAUAACUGUAUAAGUACUGUACCCGCUUUCCUUUAGUCCUUCUAUUUGCGCUCAAUUGUUAUUCUUUAUUCUUAUAUCGAUUAAAGCAAGACGUGCUUUGUUUAUCAAACAGGGUGUAACAACAGCAAAAGAUAGAGUUUUCUUUUUGUUUACAAGUGAGCUACAAGUAAAUCAGACUUUUCAUUACAAAAAAAAAUUGAUUACAGUUUUAAUAAAAAACAAAUCAUGCCUUUUUAUUGGAUGCAUGAAGUCGGUUGCUUUAACUCCAUUUAGAUUAAAAGUUUUGAUAUCAAAUAGAAAAUAGAACCUUGAUAGCUGUUCGAAUGUCUUCGUGCAGAACAUUUUCAAAUGACCAAAAUUAUAAAGUUCAAAAUUUAACGGAUAGAUUUUCAGGAAUUUGAUAAUGUCAUUUCUUGACUUUUGUAACUCGGAAGCCCGUCGAUUGAAAGAGCCAUUAAAAAUUUUCCCUUGGCCAUGAAUUCAAUUGCGAUUCUGAAUGAAACUGCAGACACACAGGUAGACCCCCAGCACAGUUUUGAUCUAUGGUAAAGGCUCAUGAAUUUAUUCAUGAAGAAAGAGCUUGCAGAUUUGAUAAAUAAGGUCGUGAUUUAGAUAAACACGUGUCUUCAAACGAAAAAGAAUAGCAGUGAUUUGGUCUAGGGAAUCAAGUAAGCAGAUAUCACGUAUAUUUAGAAUAGAUUUGCACGAAAGAUUGGAAAAUCAAGUGGAAUACCAAAAACGAGUCAUCAAAUCACUCGUCCUGCAAAAUGGAUAAAGAUACUUGUGAAGGGAUCAAUCACAGCAAUGUUAAGUACGCUAAGUUGAACAUGACGACAACAGAUUCAAGCAAACCUAACGAUCAGAUGGCUUUUAUCACUGGAAGGUCAUCCAUAAAUUUGAGGGAUCUGAAAUGCAAGCGCCCGAGAAUGUCAAAUUUGACAAAAGAAGAUACUAUGUCAAAAGAAACAGGAGCUUCCCAGUCAAGCAACCUUGUUGUAAUCAAUGUGGCCGGUAAAAAAUUCGAGACCUUCGAAGACACGUUGGCCAGAUUUCCUGAUACGCUUUUGGGUGACCCAACGAAACGAAGGCCAUUUCUCAAUCCUAAGACAGGGGAGUAUUUUUUUGAUCGAAACAGAUCAGCGUUCAGCGGAAUAUUGUACUAUUACCAAAGCAAUGGGAUAUUAGAAUGUCCAGCAAAAGUGUCAGAAAGUUUAUUUACAAAAGAAGUCUUGUUCUUUGAAUUGGGAGAGAGUCUUCUUGGCAUCGAGGAAGAUGAGAACGGCCUUGAGAAAGUCGAGGAGGAAGAACUGCCUAAGAAUAAAAUUUUGAGAAAAAUCUGGAUAUUGUUUGAACAUCCAAACUCUUCAAUAAUUGCAAAAUGCAUUGCUGUUUUCUCGGUUCUCGUCAUAUUAAUUUCGAUCGUAGUAUUUUGCAUCGAAACUUUGCCGCAGCUCGACCCAAAUCAAAUUGAAUCAAAAGAGCGUAAAGCCAAGGUGACAUUGACAUGGAAUAUCAUAAACACCUUUUGCAACGUUUGGUUCACUCUGGAAUAUCUCCUAAGACUGAUAGCCGCAGAGCACAAACUAAAGUUUAUAAGAUCAACAAUAAAUGUCAUCGAUCUAAUGUCAAUCAUUCCGUUCUACCUGUCUCUUAUAAUUGAUGAAGGAGGGGGCAUCGACGUCCUGCGUGUGAUCAGGGUCAUCCGCGUCGUUCGUAUAUUCAAGCUGACAAGGCACUCUCGUGGCCUUCAUAUUCUUGGCAACACCAUACACGCAAGUUUGCAUGAACUGGCCAUGCUUGCUUUGUUUUUGUUUAUUGGAGUAAUUCUCUUCUCAAGCGCCGUUUACUAUGCUGAAUCACAAGUCCUGUCGAAAGAUUUUCCCAGCAUUCCGCAUGCAUUUUGGUGGGCUGUAGUAACCAUGACAACCGUGGGUUAUGGCGAUAUCACACCUGUUACUUUCAUUGGAAAACUUGUUGGAGCAAUGUGUGCCAUUUCUGGUGUGCUUGUAAUUGCCUUGCCAGUGCCUGUUAUAGUUAGCAAUUUUGAACAUUAUUACAAAGAGGAGAAAGCCAGACAAGCAAGGCUCGAGGAAAAAGAGAGGAAAAGAAGCGAACCAAAAGUAGAGCCUCACUUCUUUCCUGCAAAUUCACCUGCUCACUCUUCACUAGCCGGGGAAGAGAAAUCAAUUUUUCAUAAAUUCAGGAGACUGCCAAGUAUUGUUCGAAAAUUCAGUGUCACGUCUAAUACCAACGGACAAGCGAAUAUUGAGCACAACGAAGAGAAAUUAUCAAAACAACCUGAAAAUCGCCCCGAGGACGCUCUGGCUGAAGAAAAAAGCAUUAAUACGAUUAUUGCAGAAAGUGACCAAGAAAAUGAAGAAAAAUACGCAGAGGAAGAUUCAGUACAGGUGAACCUAAUAAAAAAGGACAGAGAGGAUGACAGUGAGACGCGUCUUUAGAGCUCUUUUGCUGUCAGUUUAACUGGGAAUCUGAGGCGAAAUAGAGACUUAUAAACUAUGAUUUCAUCUGUAUGCUUGCAAACAUAUGUUUCUUUCACACAGAAAUAAAACAUUUUGCGCGUGGUCGUUUCCCUUUGAUUUGAAGACGACCAUGCUCAAGCAACAAGUAAUUUGAUAUUAGUUGAAGAUAUGAAUGUCUCUAAAAUGCCUUAGGAGACCAACGGUUUGCAUGUCUAACCAUUUACUUCUGUGCGCAAGACUUACCAAAUCAUUAUGGCUUUAGUGAUUAUGAUGUCAUGAAUAGAACAAAACACAAAAUCUAGUCAUAAAAACUUCAUGAGCCUUCACUCCAAAAAAGGGGUCAAAAGCCAGAUAUGAAAAUAAUCCACCUUGCCUGGAGGGGCAAUUACCCUUUUACUAAUACCCUUAAAAGCAUCUGGAGAGCUUUCAUUACAAAUAAGAAAUGUUAACAUCAUACAGUAAAGGCCUCUCUGCUCUAAUGAAAAAAACUGCACAUUAAAAUUGCAAGUGGGAAAGUCAAAAAUUUGAAGAAGAUAUUGACAAAUUAAAACCUAUCUGAGUAGAAGAUCACUGCCAUUUAAACCUCAUCUAGUGCAACCCCUACAGGAGCAAAGCAGAAUAGAUUUCUACUGAGGUGUAAGUGCUGCAACAUUGGGACGAGAGUAUGAUGUGGGUAUGCAAUGUCUUGUCCUGCAAUGUGCUUAUAACUACAUGUUGAGAUAAAAAAUUCUAUAAAAAUAUGCUGACAAAAACAUCAAUCUCAAAUGUGUUCUCUACAGUGGCGUAACGAACCACUGUAGGGUCUCCAAACUUUAUUGGCUCUAAAGAAAAAUGUCUAUUUAAUCCUCUUAUUUAAUGCUAAUGUAAAAAACGACUACAGGGCUCCAAGCCUUCAUGGUAUUUAAGUCUUAUAACCAGGAGCCCUGAACUGACAAAAACUCUAAUGGCCCAGGAUGCUUCCGUUACAUUUUUGGUUAUCUUCUUUAUACUAAAUAUACAUUAUCUUGUUGGUCUUAGUGGAAAACUCUUCUCGUGUUUGUAAUUUAUGCCGAAUAUCAAUGGUUUGACGGUAUGAUGUAGCAGGGCAUUUUCUAACAUAUAAAGUAGUGGGGAAAUUCCCCACCAGCCUCUUUCAUUGCCCCACCAGUGGAAUAUGUUUGCCCCACCACUUAAGUGCCCCUAUGAUUCGGUGACUUUUUUACUUUUUACUUUGUUUGAGAUAUUUGUGGAUGAAAUCUUCAUUGAACAGGUUUCAAAUCUCAAUUCAUUUUCCCCUGGAACUGCUGCUUCUAUAUGUGAUUCCCCUUCUAAUUCACAAAGUCUAUUUUUGAAAACCUGUUUAUCUGUAAAUUCUUUCUUUAUCUAUAUGCCCUUUUCUCAAAUGCCCUACCAGUGGAAAAUUCUUAAAAAAUGCCCUGUGAUGUAGCCAACUAUCGCAUGUCCACAAGGUACCAUUAGACUUAUCACGAGCUCAAUAAAAGCAAAGAGCUUCCGGUCCUGCUUUACGAGAAAUUAAACUUUGUAUAUCGAUCGGUAUACGAAGCAAAAACUCGGGUAAAGUCCUUCAUUUAUUUUCACGGUCUUUAUCAUUUGCUACGGCUGCCCGUGAAAUGCAGCUGCCACCAAUUCACAAUGUUUAGAUAGAAGUAUAAUUCGCAAUGUAUGAUUUAGAACGUAUUUAUUCCUCCUUUUUGGCAUUCGUAAUAUACUCUUUGGAUAGUAGAAAGAUCCUAUUGGAAAUGAUGCAUAUAAAUUUUUGUUACAAGAUUAUAUUUCUACAUUAGGCUAUUACAGGCAUCAGUAAUAAAGCACGCAACAGACAAGAAAUUAUUUGUAGCCUAUAGAAAUCUUGUUGGUGACAAUGUAGCACUUAGUAACGACUUGUUGGCCGCAAUUUUUCUUAUAAUUUUUCUGCAUUAACAUAAAUGUGUAAUUGUAAAUAUGAAUUGCAAUUAAGAGAAACAAGUUUUGCGUUUUUUUCUUUUUUGCUUGUGUCUUCUGUUAGUGUCUACGCCAUUGUAUAAUUGCCAUCUUAUUCUGACUAAAUUCACGAUGAAGCCUUGCUUUCAUGAAAAAUGCACACCAUUUUCAACAUAGCAAAUCGUUUUUGUUUAAAUAGACAGUUUAGAUAGAUAGUUUAAUAUGUUGCUUCAAUUUUGAUUUGUCAUUUAUCAAGACUCUAAAAUAUCAUAAAAAUCUUUUCUUAAAUUGUCACUUUUUCCAAGAUCUGAUUAUAUUUCCGAAGUCAAUAGGAAUUAAGCUUGGCUAAUAACUAUUCAGUUACUUUCGGGCAUUUGCUAUCUAAACGUUAGUCGUUUGCCUAAUAAAGUUUGAGCUUUCUGGAUUUAAAUAUAAGUUUAUUGGAAUAAAUAUAAAGCAUAAAGCCCAGGAAUAAAUAUAAAGUCCAAGUAUGCAUCCCUGUGGUAUUAAAAAGUUUAUAUGCAGGUUGCUUACAGUUUCGCUAUUUAUAACUCUUUGAGCCUGUUUAUCCAAGUAUAAUUAAACCACGAGAAAGCUAGUUUUUUGGUUCAAUUGAGGUUGACAGUAUCACAUCAAGAAAAGGUAUUGAUAAUGCUAUUGAUAUUGAUAAAAAGUAUGCUUUUUGUGCGCGUAUAUACGUGUAAAUUUUGCAAAUUCGAAUUUAUCCAGGAAAGGGAUUUUUGAGAAUAAAAACUUUUAUAUAGGAGAAUUAUAGUUCAAUUAGAUAGGAGAAUUAUCAAAAGAAUCAUUUGAUUUCAUUAACUACAAAUUCGUGAUGGACUCAUUUUGGCAGGUUAAUUUUUAUAUAGAUAGGUUUGGAUACUUUAAGAAGCAUGCAGAAAUUGAAAAUCUGCACUGUCACAAAGACUGGCAAAAACAUUGAUUUACCAAAGUUCUAUAACAAGGAAUAGAUCCUAUGACAAAAUGUCUUUCCUUUUGAAUCAACAUUUUCUGUGCUCGUGAUCGUAUUAAGGUAACAGCCUAACUGGCUGGCUAACUCUAGGGGAAAUUAAAUAAAAUUUUAUGAGCAGUUGCACCUUAUAAAAUCUAUCAAUUGAGCUCCUGUAAAACAUUACGUUUUGAGAGCA